AUGGCCCGCGACGUGCAGGUCGUCCUCGUGGGGUGCGUGCCUCAGUUGUUGGUCGCCGUGGUGCCGGAGGUCGCCACGAUGGUCCGCGUGUUCAGCAGGAUCUUCAGUUACUGCGCCGGGGCGUUUGUUCCACUCGGGCUUUUCGUGCCCAUGCAUCCACUGGGUGUGUUGCUUGGAUGGGUAGUUCUUCUGGCGAUGGUUCUGUGCGGCGUAGAGAAGAGAUUCGGCUUGGGAAACGGCCUGUUGAUCAUACUAGCUAUUGGGGAGUUGUCUGUUUGUGCUGGUGACGCCGAUCACAUGGCGGACGAUCUCUCUGUGCCAGCUCUGUCUGGUGGUGGCUUGUUGCCUACUCCGAUUAUGGACGAUGUUGAUAUUAUUCGCAAUCGGCGUAAGCGGAGGCUUGUGCGGUCGUACCGGUCGGGAAGGAAGAAAGUGGGCGAUUUGACUCCUCACUGUAGAAAAUUUGAUGUUGUGGCUGAGAGUUGUUCUGGUGUUCUAAAGCAUAUAUCUGCUCUCGACUGUAAUUUGAUGGCUUUGCAAUAUCCACUUCUUUUCCCGUAUGGAGAUAAAAGCUAUCAUUUGGGGAUUAAUUAUGUUGAUGUUAAUGAGCGCCAUGCCCCAAUUGUUCCAUCUGUGGCAAGUGUGGAUCAGUCCAGUGAUGACGAUUCUGAUUGUGAGAGUGCUGGUACAGCUGAUGUUAUUUCUAGGAAUUUCACUACUCCACAUGGGCAGUAUGGUGCUCCUGAUUUGUUUAUCACUUUCACGUGUAAUCCUAAGUGGAAGGAGAUUGCCGAUGCUCUUGCUGCUGAGCCUGGACAGGCUGCAGCUGAUCGCCCUGAUAUUACUACUCGAGUGUUCGCUAUGAAGUACAAAGAGUUUCUUGAGGGGGUUAAGGAUGGGUCUUUUUUUGGGCCUGUUCAAGCAUAUUCAUAUGUUGUCGAAUUUCAAAAGCGAGGUCUUCCACAUACACAUACGUUAGUGUGGUUGAAGGCGGAUACGAAGGAUCCUUCACCAUCAUUUAUUGAUAGUCUCAUUUGUGCGGAAUUACCCGAUCCUUCGACUGAUCCUUUGGGCUAUGCACUUGUUGAUGAAUUCAUGUUUAGUGAUGAAACGAUGAUUGACAAUGUUGGAUUUCCUGUUUAUCGAAGGCGUGAUAAUGGCCGUUAUGUACUGAGGCAACAAGAUUCGCUUCGACUGGGAAAUCAAUGGGUUGUUCCAUAUAAUAUGAAGCUGCUGAAGAAAUUUGAUGCUCAUAUAAAUGUCGAAUGGUGCAACAAGACAAAUUUGCUCAAGUAUUUAUUCAAAUACCUUACUAAAGGUCCUGAUGUUGUUCGCAUACGUGUUGAUGUUGAUAAUAGGCCAUCCUGUGUUUUUACAGUGCCCUGUCCUACAGGGAAGAACGAGAUCGAUGAUUACGUAAAGUGCAGGUAUCUUUCUGCACGUGAAGCCUUUUGGAGGAUGUUUGCAUAUAGUAUACAUGGACGGGAGCCUUCCAUUGAGAGAUUGGUUGUGCAUCUUCCUAACAUGAAUAGAGUUAUAUUUGCUGAAACUGACAACCUAGGGAAUGUGUUAAACAACCCAUUUGCUUCCAAGACUAUGCUUACAGAGUGGUUUGUUGCAAAUCAGGAGUACACAUCUGCAAAGUCACUGACUUAUUUGGAUUUUCCAAGCCAAUGGAUAUGGAAUAAAAGUGAAAAGGUGUGGACAAAAAGAAAACUUCCACGAAAAUUGGGCAACAAAAUAGGCCGUAUCUAUCAUGUGCAUCCCAGUACGGGUGAACUGUUCUUUCUUCGGGUGUUGCUUAUGGUUGUUCCUGGAGCAACCUGUUUUGAGGAUUUAAGGACACACAAUGGUCGUGUUUAUGAUACUUUCAAAGAAGCAUGUCAAUCUAGGGGCCUGGUUGGAGAUGACAAUGAGUGGUUCAAGUUGUUUGAUGAAGCUAUUGUAUGGGCAACUCCACUUCAGUUACGCCAUCUUUUUAUGACCGUUCUUCUUCAUUGCGAAGUUGGUAAUGGGCGCACUCUUUUUGAACGAUUCUGGCCAAGCAUGGCGGAGGAUAUAUCGUAUAUGCUUUCAUCUGCCAUUGGUAAUGCUAGGUACAAUGUUCCCGAGGAUUAUCUUCAAGAGUGCCUUCUUUCUGAGUUAGCUUCCAUGUUUACCAAGAAUGGAUCAUGUCUUGCUUUAUUUAACUUGACUUCAUGUACUAUUCCUGUUCAUGACGAUUGCUAUAAUAAGUUGGUUGCCGAGGAAUUAGGAUAUGAUGUUGUUAAUCUGGCUGUUGAAGCUGAUACUCUCUACUGCAAAUUAAACGAUGAGCAGAGGGACAUACAUCAUGAGAUAGUAUCCGCAGUACGUGAGAACAGGGAUGGAUUUUAUUUUAUAUCUGGCUGCGGAGGUUCUGGUAAAACUUUCUUAUGGAACUCUAUUAUUGCCACUCUUAGAUCCGAGCGACGUGUCGUACUUGCUGUUGCAUCGUCUGGUGUUGCAUCUCUUUUGCUGCCCGGUGGACGAACUGGCCAUUCGAGAUUUAAGAUUCCUGUGGAUGUAAAUGAGCGCUCCCAGUGCUCUAUAUCUAGAAGGCCAAUGCUUGCUGGUUUGUGUCAACGAGCUUCACUUAUUUUGUGGGACGAAGCUCCUAUGACUAGCCGUUUAUGCUUUGAAGCACUGGACAGGACCUUGAGGGACGUUUUAUCUGUCCAUGAUGAAGCUAAUGGCAUGUUACCUUUUGGAGGUAAAGUUAUGGUGUUGGGUGGUGACUUCAGACAAAUUUUGCCAGUCGUGGAAGGUGGUACAAAGGAAGAUAUCAUUGGUGCGUCGUUGGUUACUUCCCCGCUUUGGCAUUAUGUUAAGGUCCUUAAAUUACACACCAACAUGCGACUUUGCAAUCCUGAGUUGUCCUCUGAAGCACGGUCAGAGUUGCCUGUGUUUUCAAGUUGGGUACAGAGUAUUGGUGAUGGUUCUGUUGAGAUGCAGUGCAAAGGUGAUGACUCCUCUCCUUCGUGGGUUUCUAUUCCGGAGGAUAUGUUACUGUUCCCAACGACUGAUCACAUGGAAGCUGCGGUUGAUAAUGUGUAUGAUGUGUUCUUUUUGAAGUAUAAUGACGCUGAUUAUUUGUCUCAACGUACCAUUGUUUGUCCAACAAACUCUACUGUUGACAAAUUGAAUGAUGUCGUCUUCAAGCGUGUGCCCGGCAUUCCUACAGAUUGUUUAAGCUAUGAUUCUAUAUCGAGAUCUACUGAUCCUGUUGAUGAAGUGGAAUUGUUUUAUCCUCCCGAGUUGUUGAAUUCUAUCACAAUCAACUUACCUCAUCACAAGAUAUCAGUCAAAGUUGGAGUUCCUGUUAUGCUUCUUAGGAACAUUAAUCAGUCUUUGGGCUUAUGUAAUGGAACACGGCUAAUUAUUACAAGAUUGGGUGACAGAGUUUUAGAAGGAGAAAUUAUUACUGGUUCUCAUAAAGGGGAGCGCGUGUGCAUUCCACGUAUAGUUUUAAAUUCAGCUGGUUCUAAAUGGCCUUUCACACUCCGACGAUGCCAAUUUCCAAUAAGGUUGUGUUAUGCUAUGACUAUCAACAAGAGCCAAGGGCAAACUUUAUCUAAGUCUUUCAUUUAUCAGAUGAUUCAUUUGUUUCAGGAGUUUGUUCUCGCUCUUUAG